AGGAAGGUUAACGGCGAGGAUGAAAAUAGACAGGCUGUUCGUGAACGACGACGAAGAAGAGACUGUUGUUGGUCGACGUUAGGUGAAUCGACCGCGUGGAACGGCUCUGGUAACACAUGGCCGGGCCAAGAACCGUUCAACGAUUCCGACGGAACGCUUGUACAACGUGGAACCGGUUACAUCGUGCCUGCAGUGCAAGAAGCGACCUCCCCGUUUGGAAUUUCACGGUAACCGCACGCAGUCUUCCAUCGGCUGUGGCUACGCGAACGUCGAUCGCGCCGCUUGCUCCUGUUUUCUUGCCCGCCGCGACUUCCGGAAACGCCGCUGAAAAAUGGUCUGCGCCUGCCUCGUCACCGUUCUACUUCUCCUCUACAUACUCUUCGACGUGAAUUACUUCCUCAGGAUCGCGUUCACCAUCGGUUUCGGCAGGAUCUUUCAAAAGAGGAAGAAUGUCUUCGAUACGACUACUAUUUAUGGAAUAUGCACCACGCAAGAUGUGGAUUUAUUCUUGAAGCACAUGAACAACGCUAGGUACCUUAGGGAACUGGACUUUGCACGUUUCCAUUAUUACGACAGAACUGGAAUUUACGGGGCAGUGAUGAAGAGAGGCGGAGGAGCUGUGCAAGGAGCAUCUUCCACCCGAUACCGCCGAGCUCUCUCUAUCUUAUCGCCGUACAAAGUGACCACAAGGCUGAUCUACUGGGAGGACAAACACUUCUAUUUAGAACACGAAUUCAUCAGUCUACCGGACAACUUCGUUCGCGCAGUCGUCCUCAGUAAGCAGACCGUCACAGGUUUGAACAUUCCAGCUUCCGAGAUAAUCGCCGAACUGGAACCAAACGCGCAACGACCAGAAAUCUCGAAAGACCUAGAACUCUGGUUGAAAUCCAUGGAUGAAUCCUCUCAGAAAUAUAGAAAACAAAGAUAAGAGGUGACACACUUCCUUAUCCCCUUUCCGUAUUGCUCAAAUGUAAUUACUUCGUAUGUACUUCGUUACCUUGCA